CGAAGCCCGAUCUCUCUUGCACUCACUGUUAGCUGGCCCGGCCGGCCUCCUUUCGCUGCACACACACACCGGCGCCGCUUCCCUUCGCCUUCGCGUGCUCCGAUGGCGACGCCGUUGGCGGCAGCUAAUUGCCAUCCACCCCUGACGAUUCUCCUCCUCGUCGUCUUCCUCCCCCUGGCCGUCGCCUCGACGAGGGGCGAUAGCGGCGGCGGCGGCGGGUACGACGUCGUGUCGGUGACCCAGUCGGGGAGCGCUCUGUCGGCGCGGCUGGAGCUUGCGCUCGCCGACGAGACGCCGGUGGACGCGGCGGUCGGGACUGGUGUCCAGAGGCUCCGCCUCACUGCAAGCCUCGAGACGGACAGCCGGCUGCGCGUGCGCAUCACCGACGCGGACCACCCGCGAUGGGAGGUGCCGCAGGACAUCCUCCCGCGCCCGGCGCCGGAGGACGUCCUCCACGACGCGCCGCCCGCCUCCUCGACGCCGCUCCAGGGCAGCCGCGUCCUGUCCGCCACGGGGUCCGACCUCGUCCUCACCGUCCACGCCUCCCCGUUCCGCUUCACCGUGUCCCGCCGCUCCACCGGCGACGUCCUCUUCGACACCGCCCCCGGCCUCGUCUUCCGGGACAAGUACCUGGAGGUGACGUCGGCGCUGCCGGCCGGCCGGGCGUCGCUGUACGGGCUGGGCGAGCAGACGAAGCGCUCGUUCCGGCUGCGGCACAACGACACCUUCACGCUCUGGAACGCGGACAUCGGCGCGGCCUACGUGGACGUCAACCUCUACGGCUCGCACCCCUUCUACAUGGACGUGCGGCCGCCGGGGACCGCGCACGGCGUGCUCCUGCUCAGCAGCAACGGCAUGGACGUGCUCUACGGCGGGUCCUACCUCACCUACAAGGUCAUUGGCGGCGUCCUCGACUUCUACUUCUUCGCCGGCCCCUCCCCGCUCGCCGUCGUCGACCAGUACACCCAGCUCAUCGGCCGCCCUGCCCCCAUGCCGUACUGGUCCUUCGGGUUCCACCAGUGCCGGUACGGGUACCUGAACGUGUCUGACCUGGAGCGCGUGGUGGCCGGCUACGCCAAGGCCAGGAUCCCGCUGGAGGUGAUGUGGACGGACAUCGACUACAUGGACGGGUUCAAGGACUUCACCCUGGACCGCGUCAACUUCACCGCCGCCGAGCUCCGGCCGUUCGUCGACCGGCUUCACCGGAACGCCCAGAAAUACGUCCUCAUCCUAGACCCAGGGAUCCGCAUCGACGCGACGUACGGGACGUUCGUCCGCGGGAUGCAGCAGGACAUCUUCCUGAAGCGGAACGGCACCAACUUCCUCGGCAACGUGUGGCCGGGCGACGUCUACUUCCCGGACUUCAUGCACCCGCGCUCCGCCGAGUUCUGGGCGCGGGAGAUCUCCCUCUUCCGCCGGACCAUCCCCGUCGACGGGCUGUGGAUCGACAUGAACGAGAUCUCCAACUUCUACAACCCGGAGCCGAUGAACGCGCUCGACGACCCGCCCUACCGGAUCAACAACCACGGCGACCACCGCCCCAUCAACAACAAGACGGUGCCGGCCUCCGCCGUGCACUACGGCGGCGUCACCGAGUACGACGCGCACAACCUCUUCGGCCUCCUCGAGGCCCGCGCCACGCACCGCGCGCUGCUGAGGGACACCGGCCGCCGCCCCUUCGUGCUCAGCAGGUCCACCUUCGUCGGCUCCGGCCGGUACACGGCGCACUGGACUGGCGACAACGCCGCGACGUGGGGCGACCUCCGCUACUCCAUCAACACCAUGCUCAGCUUCGGCCUGUUCGGCAUGCCCAUGAUCGGCGCCGACAUCUGCGGCUUCAACAACAACACGACAGAGGAGCUCUGCCGUCGGUGGAUCCAGCUCGGCGCCUUCUACCCGUUCUCGAGGGACCACUCGGCGAUCUUCACCGUCCGGCGAGAGCUGUACCUGUGGCCGUCGGUGGCGGCGUCGGCGAGGAAGGCGCUCGGGCUCCGGUACCAGCUGCUGCCUUACUUCUACACGCUCAUGUACGAGGCGCACACGACGGGGGCGCCCAUCGCGCGGCCGCUCUUCUUCUCCUACCCGCAAGACGUCGCCACGUACGGCGUGGACAGGCAGUUCCUGCUCGGCCGCGGCGUGCUCGUCUCGCCGGUGCUCGAGCCGGGCGCCACCACCGUCAACGCCUACUUCCCCGCCGGCCGGUGGUUCAGCCUCUACGACUACUCCCUCACCGUCGCAACGAAGACCGGUCAGCACGUCACGCUCCCGGCGCCGGCCGACACGGUGAACGUGCACGUGGCCGGCGGCACCAUCCUGCCGCUGCAGCAGAGCGCGCUGACGACGUCGCGCGCGCGCCGGACCGCGUUCCACCUCCUGGUCGCGCUCGCGGAGGACGGCACGGCCAGCGGGGACCUUUUCCUGGACGACGGCGAGUCGCCGGAGAUGGGCGGUAGAAGCGAUUGGAGCCUGGUAAAGUUCAGCUGCGCGACGGGGAGCGACGGGGCCAUCAAAGUGAGGUCGGAGGUGGUGCACAACUCGUACGCACAGAGCAGGACGCUGGUGAUCAGCAAGGUGGUGCUCAUGGGCCACCGGUCGCCCGCGGCGCCGAAGAAGCUCACCGUCCACGUCAACGGCGCGGAGGUGGAUGCGAGCUCGCCAGCCGGCACACGGUACCAGAACGCAGGAGGACUCGGCGGCGUCGCCCACAUCGGCGGGCUGUCACAGGUCGUCGGGGAGGAGUUCGAGCUGAAGGUCGCCAUGUCCUAUUAAGAUUUAGGCAAUUUGUGAUUUGGAGCAUAACAUUAAUUGAAUAAAGAAGACGAGAAAUUAAAGCCCAGAUGAAUGGCUUCAAUUCGAAAA